AUGUCUGGUUACGAAGUUGAACAUAACAUACAGACCAAAAAUGACAAGGCGCAACAACCUCCACGUCGGCCAGACCUCUCUACCUUCUUCUCCCAGCUCGAACUGGUAGACACCUCAGAUCCGCAAGCGCACACAAACGCCAAUGCUUUGCCUCAGCCCGAGAACAUGGCGGCAGCGUUUCGCCUGCUGGCGAACGCCUUCGAGGUGAUGCGCGGACGGCCUGCAGACGAGGGUAGCGAGGGCAACGACUUGCUGGCAAAUAUGAUCGAGGUGUUACGUGAGAAUGCAGACGACCCGCCUGCAGAGCUCAAGGGCGUGCCUGACAGCUUCUUGGACGAGCUAGAGAGGGUUCCAAAGAAGGCUCUGAAGCCAACAGAUACAUGUCCGAUUUGCGUGAACCCAUUUCUCGAGGACGAAUACCCGCUUGUAGUCCAACUACCCUGCCAUAAAGACCAUCGAUUCGACUUGGACUGCAUAGCACCCUGGCUCAAACUCAACUCAACUUGCCCUCUUGAUCGCAAGGAACUUCUGAAGAAGAAGCAACCGCAGCCGCCACCGGUAGACGACGAUGAAGAGGACUACGACGAAAUGUACGCUUGA